UCAACACAUUAAAGCAGUAACCAUGGCGGAGUGCGGUGGUGGUACGCUGCUGCUGGUGUUAACAUUAUGGCUGGUAGCAGCCUUCAUCUUCCCGUCUCAAGCGCAAGUCUUAACUCCGCCAUACUUCAAUUUAGCCGAGAACCGACGUAUAACAGCUUCUGCCACCUGUGGUGAGGGGGUCCCAGAGCCAGAGCUCUACUGCAAACUGGUGGGUGCCAACGCUGACAGAGAUGCUUCCACAGACUUCAUCCAAGGAGGACAGUGGUGUGACCGGUGUGACCCCAACAUACCCGAGAAGUCACAUCCUGCACAGUAUGCCAUCGAUGGGUCAGAGCGCUGGUGGCAGUCCCCUCCACUCUCCCGGGGCAUGAAGUACAAUGAAGUCAAUCUUACUAUUGAUCUGGGCCAGCUGUUCCAAGUUGCCUAUGUACUGCUCAAGAUGGGAAACUCUCCACGUCCUGGUGUCUGGGUCCUGGAACGCUCGGUGGACAAUGGAGAAACUUAUACACCAUGGCAAUAUUUUGCUGAUAAUCCAGGGGACUGUGAAAGUUUCUUUGGAAAAGAGAGUUUGAGUCCAAUCCAAGAUGAUGAUGAUGUAACUUGUAUCACACACUUUUCUAAAGUGGUACCUUUGGAAGGUGGGGAGAUUGUUGUAUCUCUUCUAAAUAAUAGACCAUCAGCAAAUAGUUUCUUCAAUUCAACAGUUCUGCAAGAAUUCACGAGAGCCACCAAUGUUCGGCUUCGCUUAUUGCGCACCAAAACUCUACUUGGUCACCUCAUGUCUGUUGCAAGACAAGAUCCAACUGUCACAAGAAGGUAUUUUUACUCCAUCAAAGACAUCAGUAUUGGAGGAAGGUGUGUGUGCAAUGGUCAUGCUGAUGUUUGUGAUAUAACAGAUCCAAAUGACUUGUACAAGUUGCAGUGUCGAUGUCAGCACAACACUUGUGGUUCUCAGUGUGAGACUUGUUGCCAUGGAUUUAUACAGAAAAAAUGGAGACCAGCUAAUUACCAAGAUAGCUUUGUUUGUGAACCCUGUAACUGCUAUGGCCAUACAGAUGAGUGCAUUUACAGUGAAGAAGUAGAUAAACAAAGACUUUCUCGGGACAUCUAUGGCCAGUUUGAAGGUGGUGGUGUGUGUCAAAACUGUCAACACAAUACUGAGGGUAUCAACUGUGACCAAUGCAGGUCUGGCUAUUAUAGACCCUAUGAAAAAGAACUCAAUGAUACUGAUGUCUGCCAACCCUGCGACUGUAAUGUGUUCUACUCAACUGGGAAUUGCGCACAAGGAACCGGGCAAUGUGAAUGUCGGCCAGAAUUUCUACCACCACUUUGUAAUGCCUGUAAUGAUGGUUACUAUGAUUAUCCUAAUUGUAAGCCUUGUGACUGUCAUAGAAGUGGCACCAUUGGUGGUGUUUGUGAGGUGGGUGGUGGGCAGUGUCCAUGCAAGGAUAAUUAUGAAGGACUCAACUGUAACCAGUGUGCUCCUAACUUUUAUAACUUCCCAGAUUGCUUACCAUGCAAUUGCAGUGAAAUUGGAUCAUUAGACAACAAUUGUGAUGUAAAAACUGGACAGUGCAACUGUAAAAAUGAAUUUGGAGGCCGUACCUGUGAUCGAUGUGAACAUGGCUACUAUGAUCAUCCUACCUGUACUUUCUGUAACUGUGAUGCUCAAGGCACUGAAGAGGAAAUCUGUGACAAGGGCACUGGAGAAUGCCUGUGCUUGAGUGGGUUCAGUGGUAAUCGUUGUGAUAGUAGUGCUCCAGGGUUCUGGGGAUAUCCUCUCAUUCAGAGCUGUGGAUGUCAUGAGAGAGGUUCAGCAUCAUCCAUCUGUGAUGCAUCUGGAGACUGUGCCUGCCUACCUGGCUUCUCUGGUCGAGCUUGUAAUCAGUGCAGCCCUGGAUACUACAGUUUUCCUGAUUGUAUUCCAUGUAAUUGUGAUCAGGCAGGAAGUAUUGGUAUUUCUUGUAACAGAGAAGGAAAAUGCCAGUGCAAGCCAAACUAUAGUGGAGUUCAUUGUGAUACGUGCCAUGAAGGUUUCUACAAUUUUCCUUUAUGUGAAGAAUGUAAUUGUAACCCAGCUGGUGUACUAGAGACCUUUGGUGGCUGUGGUGAUGCUCCAGUUGGUGAGUUAUGUCAGUGUAAGGAGCGUGUCACGGGACGUAUAUGUGACCGCUGUAAACCACUCUUCUGGGACCUGAGGCAAGACAACCCUCUAGGCUGUGAUGAUUGUGGCUGCUACUCUCCAGGCACAGUUGGUGGGAUGGCAUCGUGUGAGUCUGAAACUGGCCAGUGUUUCUGCAAGCCAGGAGUAAUUUCUCGUCGGUGUAAUGAAUGUCGAGAUGGCUCAUAUAAUUUGAUUGAGGAUAAUUUGUUCGGGUGUUCUGACUGUGGCUGUAACCCAGGUGGUUCAGUGGAUAAUGUAUGUGAUAAAAAUACUGGACAGUGUCGGUGCAGACCACGUGUUACAGGCCAGCAUUGUGACCAGCCACUUCAGCUUCAUUAUUUUCCUACACUCUACCAGCUGAAGUUUGAAGCAGAAGAUGGCCACACCCCUCAUAACACAGCAGUAAGGUUUGCCUAUGAUGAAGAGGUAUUUCCAAAUUACUCCUGGCGAGGCUAUGCUGUGUUUUCUGAAAUCCAGAAGGAAAUCAUUCAGGAAAUAUAUAUUGAAAAACCAUCAUUAUAUCGCAUGGUGCUCUUUUACCACAAUCCAAGUUCCAAGACAAUUGUUGGCAACAUCAAAUUUACACCAGACAACCCAAGUGAUACAGAACAGGAAGUUGACGUCCACUUUGCACCUACCAGUAGACCACAGUUGAUGACAGUGAACGCUGUGCCUGGUGAUUUCCCCGAGACACUUGUUAUGAACCCUGGACGAUGGUCCAUUGCUAUAAAGAAUAAUCAGAACCUCUUUGUGGACUAUUUUGUGCUGCUUCCUCUUGCAUUUUAUGAAGGCACUAUCCUCAGCAGGAAUGUGACCACUCACUGCAAGCUGGGCCAAACAGAUGAUGAAAUGUGUCUACAUUAUGCUUAUCCGGAUAUAUUUCAUUAUAGCUACAUUUAUGGAUCUGCUGGUUAUCGUAGCUUUAAUGGUGAACGCCAGGCUGUGGAACUGUUUGAUGAUGAGGAGAUUUUGCGAGAGCUUGACACGCAGCCAAUGGCAUGGCUGAACCACAACCAACCUAAUGUUCAGUAUGACAUUCGACUUGCUCGUCCUGGACGCCACAUACUGCUCAUCAACUAUUAUACUCCGGCUGGCGGCACAACUACUAAUGUCAUUGUAGAAACCUCAACUCGCAAGGGUAGAGAGAAGGGAAGAGCCAUCUUGUAUGACUGCAUGUACUCUACAACUUGUCGUCAAGUUGUCACAGAUGCCAGUGGAAAAGUUGGUAUCUUCUACUUUGAUAGCAAUUUCAUCAGUCUUGAUAUAAAAGGUGAGACCAACACAAAUAUAGGUAUUGACUCCAUUGUGGCCAUUCCCUAUGAAUAUUGGCACCAAGACCUGGUGCGUCCACAACUAGUGUGCACUCGUGUUAAUGGCCAGUGUUUGGAGUCCUUUUACCCAAUUCCUCCUGAAACUACAAAGGUUGAAUUUGAAUCAAACAUAGAGGGAAAAAUGGCUACAGAAUUACCUGAUGGUAUUGCCAAUAUUACUGGUCUUGUUUACCUCAACCACAGUGAUCCAAUGGUGGAUGUUGUUGGCAAGUUGAGGUAUGCUGGAAAAUACGUCUUUGUCGUCCACUACUAUCAACCUCAGUACCCAGAUGAUGAGCUGUAUGUCCAGGUUGCUUAUGCAAGUGACAAAGAGUUUGAUGUUGAUGUAUUAAUCCAGAAUGGGCAGUUUUAUGAAGGUUCAUUAGCAGUCCAUCACUGUCCUAGCACCUCUGGUUGUCGAUCCAUCAUUAAGCAGCCUGAUGGAUCCUAUAUUUUUGAUAUAUUAGAGAACUUCGUCCUCUCACUUAAGGAGCCAAAUCAUAAAUCUAUCUGGGUGGAUUAUGUUUUAGUAGUCCCAGCUCAACAAUUUACUCAAGAAAUUCUACAAGAGCUUCCAUUUGAUAUGACUGCAGAAUUUAUCAGUCAGUGUGGACAAAACAACUUCAACAUUGAUGCUAACGCUACCGGCUUCUGCAAGGAUGCAGCAUUUGAACUGACAAUGGAAUAUAACAGUGGGGCCUUACCUUGCCAAUGUGAUUUCCAUGGCUCUGUAAGCUUUGAGUGUGAGAGCUUUGGUGGACAGUGCCCUUGUCAUCCAAAUGUUAUUGGUCGCAAUUGCAACCGCUGCAAGACAGGAUUCUUUGGUUUUCCUGACUGUAAACCCUGCAACUGUCCCUCCACAGCACUCUGUGAUCCUGCUACUGGUGAAUGUAUUUGUCCACCCCGUGUGGAAGGUGAUCGUUGUCAACGGUGUGCACUGUAUACCUAUGGCUUUGAUCCUAUUAUUGGGUGUGAGGAGUGUCAGUGUUCUCCACCUGGUGUUAAAGCUGGCAAUCUGCAGUGCGACUUGCAAAGUGGACAAUGUAACUGCAAAAAUUCUAUUGUUGGCCGAAGAUGUGAUCAGUGUGCUGCAGGCUACUGGUCUUUCCCAUUCUGUCAGUUGUGUGACUGUGACUUGAGGGGCACUGAGGAAGAUAUAUGUAGCCAGGAUGAUGCCAGCUGCUAUUGCAAAAUCAACGUGCAAGGGCGUUCGUGUGACACAUGUCGGACAGGUUCAUACAACUUGGAAGAAAGUAACCCUGAUGGAUGUACUAAGUGUUUCUGUUUUGGCAAGUCAGAUUAUUGCUCCUCAGCUGAUUUAUACUGGCAAACACCAAGGGCGGAUGAGAUGUCAGCUUGGGGUGUAGUAGCUGUGGAAUCGUCCCUAACUCCUAACGCACAUGGACUACCCUCUCUCUCCAGAACAACUCUCACUUUUGCUUCACUGGCUGAACCACCGACAUAUUACAGAGACCUUAUACAGCAGGAUUUGGAAGGUGUAGAAGAGUUCUUCCCAGAAGGACAGAUCUACUUCACCGCCCCAGCUGCAUACCUUGGCAACCAUGUUUCAUCUUAUGGAGGAUAUCUCAAGUAUUCUCUUCUGGUCAUUGGUGGUGAAGAUGGCUCUGAAGUUACUGGCCCUGAUGUAAUCUUGAAGGGAGGUGAUAUUAUUGCCCAGUACUUCUCACUAGUGGAACCCACUUCUUCUGCAACCUUCAAAGCAGAAAUCCGAUUAACUGAGCACAAUUUCAGAACUAUGUCAGGACUACCGCUUCAGCGAGAACAGUUUAUGACACUUCUCUAUUCACUUGAUGGCAUUUUCAUUCGAGCAAAUUACUGGAGUAAUUCAAUUGAAGCCAGGUUGUUUAAUACCAGCAUUGAUAUACCAACUACUGAUUGGCCUGGAUCUAGCUCACGUCAGGCACUUUCUGUGGAACGAUGCCAGUGUCCGGUUAAUUAUGAAGGUUUAUCGUGUGAGGAUUGUGCCCAAGGUUAUUACCGUGCCCAGCGUGGACCAUAUGGUGGUUACUGUGUUCCUUGUCAGUGCAAUGGUCAUGCUGACACAUGUGAUAAACAAACAGGAAAAUGCUUGAACUGCCAGCAUAAUACAGUUGGUGACCAUUGUGAGAUGUGUGCUUCAGGGUACCAUGGGCGUGCCACACAAGGUACUCCCUAUGACUGUCUUAUCUGUGCCUGCCCAAUGCCAUCCAUUACUAACAAUUUUGCAGUCAGCUGCGACUUUGUGGAUGAUGCUUUCUCCAUUAGAUGUGACUGUCAUGAGGGCUAUAUUGGUGACCGUUGCGAGCGCUGUGCUGCAGGCUAUUAUGGUCAGCCAGAAGUUUUAGGUGACAAGUGUGAGCCAUGUGAAUGUAAUGACAACAUAGAUAUCAAUGAUGCCUACGCCUGUGAUGACAUCACUGGACGGUGUUUGAUUUGCCUCAACAACACUUAUGGCAAUUCCUGUGAACGGUGCUCUCCUGGAUUUUAUGGUGAUGCCAUCACCCUUAAAAAUUGUGAAAGAUGUACUUGUGAUGAGUGUGGCACUCGCAACUGUCAGCACUUCUCUGGUGUAUGUGAAUGUUACGGUAAUGUCAUUGGUGACCAGUGUGAGCGAUGUGCACCCGACCACUGGGGAUUUGCUUCUUGUCAGGUAUGAAAUGACAUUCUACUAGAGAUGGAAUGUCAGCCUUGCUACUGUGGUAUAGCAUCAUUGAGAAGCCAGUGUGAUGAAGGUACAGGACAGUGUGAGUGUAGCAGCGGAGUCACCGGCCAACGCUGUGAUCAGUGUAUGCCUGGCUUCUGGAACUACACUCAGUAUGGCUGCCAAGAGUGUACAUGUCGUGAAGGAUUCAGUGUGGGUGUUGGUUGUGAUCCUCGUACUGGUCAGUGUCAGUGUUUACCAGGUGUGAUAGGAACAAACUGUGAAGGUUGUCCCUAUAGAUGGGUCUUGGUUGAUGGUGUUGGCUGUCAUGAGUGUGAAGAGUGUGUUCAUGCUCUGCUUGACACCACAGAUCAGCUGUCAUGGCUUAUUCAACCUACUAUUACUGAGUUUGAGACUGCAGCAUACAGUUAUUUCCUGCAUCAAAGACUGGGUGUGAUCAACUCCACAGUAUUUGAACUUAGGCCUCAAGUUAAUCUGAUGGACUUGACCGAGGCUGAAACGUCAACUCUUCAGGACCCCUUAAGCGUUAUAGUGAGAGAAGCACAAGCACUUUCUGCACAUAGUGGAAUUGUGUUUGAUAGAGCUGGAAGUGCUGCUGAAGAUAGUUUUAAUGUUCAUGUAGAAGCAUUAAAGGUUCAAGAAGAUGUGGAUGCAGCCUUCAAUUUAGCACGCAGAAUUAUUGCUGAAAUAAAUAAGCUUGUAAUUGGUCUGGAGACUGGCACAGGGGCCCAGUUGGAGCAAGCUAUCCGCGAGGCAGAAAUUCUCGUAGAAGAAAUGGAAAAACGUAAUUUUGAGGUUUAUCAGGAUAAGGUGGAAGUUGAGCUGGAGAAAGCAAAGGAAAUGCUUGAGAACAUUGCCACCUUCAAUUAUCCUGUUAAGAGCCAGAAAGAAUUAAUGGAUUCUUAUGAAAAACGUAUGAACAGCUUUGAAGAUAAGAUUAAGGAAAUGAAAGACUACAUACAAAAGGCUGUUCAACAGACAAGAGACACAGAGCAAAUGAUUCGCAACAACAAAUUAUUUGGGUAUAAUUCACUAAAGAAGAAACUUGACGAAAUACGAAGGUUGGACAAACAGAUAAACAACGAAUUAGAAGAAUCCCGAGAACUUAUUGAUCAGGCCAACAGGAAUCAUAUCAAUGCAUCAGCUAAUUAUGAUAUGCUUGUAAUGGAAGUAGAGCAUCUUCGUGCCACAAAGUCCAGUCUGAAUGAGAGUGUUACUCUGAUGAUGAGGGAGCUAGAAGAGGCAGAGUUUCCAGCUCAGAGAGCCCAGGCUCAUGCUGAACAACUUGGAAUAAGAGCUGAGGAGUUGGAUGGGUUAUUAGCCGAUACUCGAGAAGUAUCUGAGAAGGCACUUGCAGCAGCUAAUGCUUACAAGGAUAUUGUCUUUGCUAUUGAUAAUGCCUACAAUGCAUCCUUGUCUGCCAAUAUAUCUGCUCUAAAAGCUGUGGAGAUGUCUGAGGGAGUGAGUGGCCAGGCAGUAGAGUCUCAAGCAAACUCAGAGGAAAAAUAUGGCUUAGCUGAAGUCCGAGUGCAACAAGUAAAUAGGGAGUUACGUCCUCAGCUGAUGCAAGCCCAAGCAGAUGUGCGUGCACUUAAAGACAUGAACCAGGAUAUUAGUAACUCCCUUGUUAUCAUGAACAGUGAACUGAAAAUUCUGGAGAAUGAAGCAAUUUCUACAGGGGCUGCAGCACUUAAAGACGACGCUGUUCAGUCCAGCAAAGAAGCUGAUGAAGCCAUUUCCACUAUAUCCAAUGUUGAAGACUUACUAAUCAGAGCUGGUGAAGAUGCACGCUUGCUGAUGAGGAAUGUAGCCGAAGGUGAAAAGGAUAUAGAACUUGCUCAUAAACAAGUGGAACGAGUGGAGCAAGUAGUCCCUGAGAUGACUCAGCUAGCUACACAACUUCGUGCACAAAAGGAAGUAAUUCAGACUCUUGGAAUUGAUGUUGGAGAUCGUCUAGAGAAACUGCGACGCACCAUUCAAAAGACACGUGAACUGGCCAAUAAGAUUAAAGUGGGUGUAUCAUUUCUACCAAACACCACGAUUGAAGUGGAGAAUCCAGAGGACCUCAUCAAAGCUGCCACUUCUACUAAGCUUUCUCUGUUUACUCAAACGGAGGAGCCAACAGGACUUCUUCUAUUUAUGGGUACACCUGUCGGAGGUAGUAAACGAAUGCGUCGCACAACGACUGAUGAUUUCAUGGCCCUUGAAGUGGAUGGUGGUUAUGUAAGGCUCACAAUGGAUCUUGGGGCUGGUCCACACACUAUUGAGUACAAUAAGUUGUAUAUUGCUGAUGGUGUUUGGACUAAGAUCACUAUUGAGAGAACAGGCAAGUUGGUGAAGUUAUAUGUGGAUCGAGAAGAAAUGCAAGGUGAACCAGUGGAGGAAGUAUUACCUGGCAAGUAUUCUGUCUUCAAUCUUGAUCCCAAAGUGUCAAAAAUCUAUGUUGGUGGAAUUCCUGCUGGUACUCAGGUUAACAGGGCCAUCCUUAGCACUUCAUUCUAUGGCAAGAUGGAAGACCUUCGUCUUAAUGAUCAACCUAUCGGAUUGUGGAAUUUCAAAAUGGAUGGAACCAACAACAAUCAGCAACGAGGUGCUUUGGAAAGGGAUCGCCUUGUUGACCUGGCACCCCCAACAGGUCUUCGAUUUGAUGGGAAUGGAUAUGCAGCUAUGGACACUCGUAAUGGAUACCGCUUCAAGCGACAGUUUGACAUACAAAUGGAUUUCAAAACAUAUGCUGAGGAUGGCAUUCUCUUUAUAAUUGAUGGAGGCCCUGAUCAGUACAUGACAGUGGCAAUGGAAGAAGGCCAUGUAAUCUUUCAAUAUAACCUGGGAUCAGGCGUAGCUACCAUGAAAUCUGACAACACUUACCAUGACGGAGAGUGGCACCACGUGGAAGUUGCCAGGCAGCAACGCAAUGGAGUGUUGAAGAUUGCCUCUGAGACUAUCCAAGCUGAAUCUCCUGGUAAUGUAAAACAGUUUUCAAGUACACCAGAAACAAUGUUCUUUGGUGGCUAUCCUGGAGAACAUGAUUACAUUGACAUUACUAACGAGGACUUUAAUGGCUGUAUUGACAAUAUUGUUAUGUCCUCUGUUGCUGUGGACCUUUCCAAGAGCAAAGAGUCUAUUGAUACAGCACCAGGAUGUCCAAUCAAGGUAGCCAGUCUUGUAUCAUUUGACAAGUCAGCUCCAGGCUAUGUGAAAUAUGACAGUCCUGAUGGUAAUGGCUUGCAACUUGUGUUCAAGUUCAAGACAGAAGAACCAGAUGGUUUAAUAUUGUACACAUCAACAAGGAAUCAAAACAGCUACCUCUCUCUCUCUCUAGCAGAAAGUGCUCUUAUCCUUCGUGCUGCCCCAGGAGGAGAACUUACUACAGGUUCCUACGAGAAGUACAAUGACAGUGAGUGGCACGUUGUCAUUGCUACUCGUGAGCAUAAUGAACUUCGCCUCGAUAUUGAUGAUUUUAAGUCUUAUGCAGUCAAAGUGGCAGAACAGGCAGUGCCAUUUGACGGGCCGGUAUAUUUUGGUGGAGUUCCUGAAAUUUACAACAUAGCUGCUGCUGCCUCGGCCACUGACACUAACUUCUACGGCUGUAUUGGAGAUGCUACUCUUAACAGCAAACUUGUCAACUUUGCUCAGAGUCAAGAUCGACUCAAUGCACAUUUACAGAAGUGUCCUUUGCAGAAGAGUUCUUCAGUCUUUGAGAAGCCGUCUGUUGGACGAGAAGUAGCGAGUACCAACGUUAGUGGCUAUGAAGAUAUUCCCAUCAUCGCCGAACAGCCCACUUUGCCACCAGUGGUGGAAGUGGAUGUUGAGUCAACCCCUCACCCUCCCUUAUAUACUUCCUCUACCACUGAGGAUAUACACACCCUCCCCUCAUCCCUAUCUACUACUACUACUACUAUUGCUGAUACUGAAUCAUCUACCACCACUACAGAUACAGAGGAAGUCCGUGCAGAAGUGUCACAGACAUUUUUAAGUGAUGGGUGUGCCUUGCCUGUAGAACCUGCUCAGGAGGAAGUGCCUACCACUGAAGGAUUUAGAUUUGAUGAAGACUACUCUAGCGGCUAUGGCUUUGGUAGCAAACGUAACAGCCGUAUUCAGUUCAAUGCCUUGCCAGGGAGCACACGUGCCGACUUUAAGUUUUCCUUCGACUUCAAGACUACAGCUGAUGAGGGUAUUAUCUUCUAUGCUUCAGGCAAAACUCAUCGUGACUAUAUCACCUUCUAUCUUAAAGAUGGCAAGAUUGUUUUCAGUUUCAACACUGGUACUGGAGCUGCACUGAUGCGAUCAGAACAAUCUUACGAUGAUGGUGCAUGGCAUAGUGCAGUAGUGGAACGACGGGAUGAGCACGGAAUGCUCUUUAUUGAUGGUUUCCAGGUUGCUAAUGGCACUGGCAAAGGAGAUUCCAAAUUCAUUGACCUAAAGGAGCCUGUGUACUAUGGUGGUAUUGCUGCUGAGGUUGCAGAUGUGGUCCGACCAAAUACCGAAGGUACCGAGCUCUCUUUCAAUGGAUGUCUGAGAAACUUCCGCUUGAAUAACCAGCGUGUUGGCGGUUCACACGAUGCUUAUGGUCUUAUCCGCUGUUCUGCUAAUGUUGAACCUGGCAUAUUCUUUGGGGAUGGACCUCGCGCUAAUGUUAUAUUGCGCAAGCGAUUCAGUGUGGGCAGAGUGUUUGAAAUGACAUUAGAUGUAAAACCCAGAAAAAACAGUGGUGUUAUUGCCUCUGUUCAUGGCAGGCGUGAUUUUGUGAUUCUGCAGCUAAACAACGGUAGCGUUGAACUUAGUGUCGAUAACGGAAAAGGUGUUAUCACAGCGAGGUAUACCCCACCAUCGCCAUGGAUGUUGUGUGAUGGCAACUGGCACUCCAUCCAAGUGAUCAAGAACAAGAACAUUGCCAUUCUUGUAGUUGAUGGGACUUCCACCAACCCAGUCUCUGGCAAGAUUGGGGCCACUUCAACAGACACUAAGAACCCCCUGUUCCUGGGAUCACAACCUUUAGUGCAGAAGCGCCGUGGAGGAGCAACCAGCGAGAGGUUUGUUGGUUGCAUAAGGAAUGUAACAGUCAAUAAGGAACUAGAAGCCUUAGCAUACACUACCUUUGUUGGUAAUGUUAAUGCUGGAUCAUGUCCUACUAUCUAAGUAUGAAUAUUGAGACAUACUACACUUAAUAAAGAUCAAAAAUCCUUAACUAGUUUUCAGUACGGUAUGUCAAAAAAUCAUUAAAAGAAAAUUAAUAUGGAUGACAAAAUGUGAAAAUUUAUUAUUACAGUCAACAGUGUU